GUCAGUUCAAAUGAAUCAAACCUACAGUGGGAAACACCACCUGCAGCAUCUUCACACAUCCAUCAAAUGUUAUACAGCGAGACUCGCUAGGAGUUCGCAAGCUGCGUUUGGACGCGCAUAUGAUGCCCAGAAAUGCGGUCUAGUUAGUGUGUAGGCAGCGCGCUAGGUGUUGAAACACAGCCGAGUCUCUCUCUGGUCAGCCGCGCCGGAUCGGUUCAGUCCUCUGCGCCUCUUUAUUGCAGAUGCAUGAUCCUCCAGCGGUGACGGGCUGAUGGGAACUCUCCGUGACCUCCAGUUUGCCCUGCAGACUAAGAUUGAGGAGCUGCGGCAACGUGACGCCCUCAUCGAUGAGCUGGAGCUGGAGCUGGACGCUAAAGAUGACCUCAUCAGACAGCUGCAGGGCGAGCUGGACCGUCUCCGCACCGCCUCGGCCUCACACAACCCCUCCGGGACGACAGAAGUCACAGUGUUACCAGAUGAGCCCCAGCGCACUAAACGCCAGGCCAUAUCAGCAGAACCCACGGGGCUGGAUCCAAAUCAACUCACCCACGUCACCCUCACCAACUACAGCAAGAGCGAGGAGUCUCGAGAGUUGAUCCAGAAGGCUCUUUUGGAGAAUGAUUUCAUGAAGCACCUGGAGGCCAGUCAGAUCCUCACCAUCAUGGAUUGCAUGUAUCCCACCACACUGGCACAGGGCUGCUGCGUCAUCCAGGAGGGCGAUGAUGGCUCCACCGUCUACGCUCUGGAAGAAGGGUUGGUGGAGGUUACCAAAGGAGGGCAGAAGCUGUGCACCAUCGAGCCGGGGAAAGUGUUUGGCGAGCUGGCGAUACUCUAUAACUGCACACGCACAGCCACCGUCACAGCUCUGACUGAUAUCAAACUAUGGGCUAUAGAUCGACAGGGAUUUCAAACCAUCAUGAUGAGAACUGGCCUUCUCAAGCAUUCAAACUACAUGGAGUUCUUGAGAAGCGUGCCUUCCUUCAAGACUCUCACUGAAGAUGUGCUGAGUAAAGUAGCAGAUGUUCUGGAAGAGACUCACUACAGUGAUGGUGACUACAUCAUUCGUCAGGGCGCCACUGGAGACACAUUCUUCAUCAUCAGUGAGGGUCAGGUGAGGGUCACCCAGCAGAAAUCAGCCAAUGAGGAGCCAGUGUUCCUGUCCACACUGUCUCGAGGGGACUGGUUUGGAGAGCAGGCUCUCAAAGGGGAAGAUGUGCGUACAGCAAAUAUAACGGCUGUUGGAGAUGUGACAUGUCUGGUUGUGGACAGAGAGUCUUUCAAGCAGCUGAUCGGAGGACUGGACAAUAUGAGCAACAAGAUGUAUGAGAGUGAAGAGGUGAAGGCCAGGUUGGAGGCAGAAGCCGUGUUCUUCUCUAAUAUGUCUCUCAGUGACUUGCGUGUGAUCUGCACGCUGGGGGUGGGCGGCUUCAGUCGGGUGGAGCUGGUGCAGCUGAAGAAUCACGAUCAUGAUCACAGUCGCUCCUUCGCCAUGAAGGUCCUGAAGAAGCGUCACAUCCUGGACACGAGUCAACAGGGCCACAUCCUGUCUGAGAGACGCAUCAUGAUGGAAGCCCACAGUCCUUUUACUGUCAGACUUUAUCGGACGUUCAGCGAUUCGAAGUACCUGUACAUGCUGCUGGAGGCGUGUUUGGGUGGAGAGCUGUGGACUCUGCUCAGAGACAGGUAUCUGGAACUCAGUAUUUUCUCUCAUUCUUCUGAUUGGCUUGAGGGACUUACAGGAAGUUGCGUGGCUGUUUUCAGAGGCUCGUUUGAUGACGGCACCACACGCUUCUACGCUGGAUGUGUGGUGGAAGCUCUCGCUUUUCUACACUGCCGUGGAAUCAUCUACAGAGACCUGAAGCCUGAGAACAUCAUACUGGACCACCGGGGAUAUGCCAAGCUGGUGGACUUUGGUUUCGCUAAAAAAGUUGGCUUGGGGAAGAAGACAUGGACGUUUUGUGGAACUCCAGAGUACGUGGCCCCUGAGAUCAUCCUAAAUAAGGGACACGAUGUCUCGGCUGACUACUGGUCUCUAGGAAUCCUCUUCUUUGAGCUGCUGAGCGGAAGCCCACCUUUCUCAGGGUCAGAUCCCAUGAAGACGUACAACAUUAUUCUUCGAGGAAUUGAUAUGGUGGAGUUUCCCAAGAAAAUCACCAAGAGUGCUGCGAACUUGAUCAAGAGACUGUGCAGGGACAAUCCAUCCGAGAGACUCGGCAACCAGAAGAACGGCGUGAAGGACAUCCAGAAACACAAAUGGUUUGAGGGGUUUAACUGGGAUGGUAUUCGUGAAGGAAACCUGACUCCUCCGUUUAUACCAAAUGUGGACGGGCCUUUGGACACCAGUAAUUUCGACUGUUUCCCUGAAGACACAGAUGAGCCGCCGCCUGACGAGGAGUCCGGCUGGGACUUUGAGUUCUGAUCGCGUGAACAAAAUGCUUAUAUGAAUUGUGUUUCUUGGUGUUUCAAAAUAAAACACCAGCAACAACACCACAGCUGUUUGUACCUGAAUGUCAUGUGAAAACAAACAUUUUUAUUCUUCUGUUUUGCUAAGAAUAUCUUAA